GCGGCCGCUCGGGGCGCGGCGGAGGGGCGGGCCGGGCGCGGGCCGGGCAGCUGCGCCACGGGUGGCAUUGUGCAUCCCGGCGUUCCGAAGUGAAUCCCAGGAGAGAGGCGAGGCUGAGCCCAGGGCUGGGCUGCUUCGGCGGGGAAGCCUCCCUCCCCCCUGCUUCAGGCUGCCGAGCACUGAGCAGCACUCAGAAUGGAAGCCAUCGCCAAAUAUGACUUCAAAGCCACUGCAGAUGACGAGCUGAGCUUCAAAAGGGGGGACAUCCUCAAGGUUUUGAAUGAAGAAUGUGAUCAGAACUGGUACAAGGCGGAGCUCAAUGGGAAAGACGGCUUCAUUCCCAAGAACUACAUAGAGAUGAAACCACAUCCGUGGUUUUUUGGUAAAAUACCCAGAGCCAAGGCAGAAGAGAUGCUCAGCAAGCAGCGGCACGACGGGGCCUUCCUCAUCCGGGAGAGCGAGAGUGCUCCGGGCGAUUUCUCCCUCUCCGUCAAGUUUGGGAAUGAUGUGCAGCACUUCAAGGUGCUCCGGGACGGAGCUGGCAAGUACUUCCUCUGGGUGGUCAAGUUCAACUCUUUGAACGAGCUGGUAGACUACCACAGAUCGACAUCUGUUUCCAGAAACCAGCAGAUAUUCCUGCGAGACAUAGAGCAGGUACCGCAGCAGCCAACAUAUGUCCAGGCCCUCUUUGACUUUGACCCCCAGGAGGACGGGGAGCUGGGGUUCCGCCGGGGAGACUUCAUUCACGUCAUGGAUAACUCUGACCCCAACUGGUGGAAGGGGGCUUGCCACGGGCAGACCGGCAUGUUUCCCCGCAAUUACGUCACCCCUGUGAACCGGAACGUCUAAGCAUCCAGAAGAGCUUAUUUAAAGGAAGUGCGAACACACAGCGGAGUGACCGCCCAGAGGAAGUACUUGCUGGCCCGUGAGCAGCCUGCGCUGGAGCGCGGGACCCCUGGCUGCGGCUUGGCGCCACGGUGACUCUUACUUGGGUUGGAACUUUGGGGGGAGGGAGGGGUGUUGGAUAUAAAAUUGCCAAAACUUACCUAUUAAGAAGAGUUUUUAUUACAAAUUUUCACCACUGCUCCUGUUCUCCCCUCAUCGUUUUUUCGUCUUUUUUUCUCCUGUCCUUCAGUGCAUGACCUUUCAGGCCGCAUAUAGUCCUAGCUGAUGCCUAUAAUAAAAGAAAAGAAACCAAGUGGGCUGGUAUUUUCUCUAUGCAAAAAGUCUGCUUCAGGUGGACCAACUGACAGAUGAAUGGCCACUUCUGUGUUCUUGGUUUACAGGCGGGCAGCUCGAGGCCCCUUCUGUCCAGCCUAUGCUGGCGUUGGGGUGGGGGCUGCCGCCUCAGGCCGGUGUCAGGAGCGGGGGGAGGAAGGUGUGUGCUACCCGCCCUCCUCUGCUUCCUGCCAGUGGGACUGACAGCCACCGCACCUGCCUCUACUCUGCCACUCCCCAGAUGGUGUCACUGCGCAUGUCCCCCCCACCCCGCCAAGCCCUGUCCCCCAUUUCCAGGUUGCUGUGAGUGCGGCGUUUAAUCUGCUGUGUUUUGCAACAAGGUAAAGGUGGUCCUGCGCUUCUCGGCCAGGCUGUGUCUUGCUCAGUGGGAAUGCUUUUCCUUCCGGGGAGGGGAGCGCAUGGGCCUUCCCCGCCUGUGCAAAGCUGAAAGACCCAGGCUCAGCACUGAGAGCUGAGUUCAGGGGUGCUCUGGCCUCUGGGAGACAGAGCUAGCUCAGCUAGGCCGCAGUCCUCCCACGGUUUGCUGGAUCUAGCCAAGAGUCACAAUCCUUGACUCUAGGAUUUCCAGAGCCACGCCCCCAGACUUCCACGCCGAGACACAGGAGAGCCGUGGAGGAAGUGCUGUGAGGCCCAUCCUGAAUGAUACCAGGUUUUACAGGCCCAGCACUAGCCCGAGAGUGAGAGACUUGCAUUGUUUCUGGGUCGUAACUAAACUCAGGUGCUGGUGCUCACCUGGGCCGGGAACCCGAGGGCAGAGGGAGGUUCCGGGUCCCGCUCCCUGCGGGCUGUGCUCAUAGCUGCUCCACACCUCCCCACCCCUGCAGCAGUCCCUGAGACAGGGAGCGGGGAGGGGAAGGGCUGGGAGGGCUGGAGACCCAGGCAGCCGCCAGGCGAUGAUCUCCCUGCCGGUCUUGGGUCCUUUCUCCUCCCUUGUAGCUUACACUCGCGGGAGCGGCCUCUUUUCUUUUCCCCAGGGACAGAAAUGGGAUCACUUCCUUUGGGGGUCACUAGAUCCCUUGAAACUCUGUGUCAGGCAUCAGUGGACUGUCCCUGGCCUCAGCCUGCGCCCCUGGAGGUGCGCCCUCCACUCCCCACUCAGCCCUGCCCCGCCCACACACACCCUGCCUCCCCCUGCCUUUGGCCAGGAAGCAUGCUCUCCCCUCCCCUGCUCCCCUGCCGUACUGCUGACCCCAGGAAUGGCUGGCAGCGUCCACACCUGGACCAUUUGAUUGUUUUCCUUUGGCAUUGGUGUGUAUCAUGAAGCCUUGCUAAACUAAGUUUUGUGUGUAUAUAUUUAAAAACAAAUCCAUGUUUAAAUAAAAAGACCUAUGUACCUAAUCCUUUAACUUUGCGGGUAGCAUUUGGUAGGUAGUGAUUAACUGUGAAUAAUAAACAUACGUUGAAUUCUU